AUGGAGUACUUUACGACCAAAAAAACGUCUAAAUGGUCGCUUAUUGGUUACUUAAAAUGGAGAGACGAAAAUCAAUUACCUUCAGAAAAAUCAAAAGAACAUAGUGCGUUUAAGGCGUUUCUUAAAAAAUUAUCGAAUGAUGAAAAUGGAAAAAAAGCAAAAAAGGCGAAGGAUUUACUUAAUAAUUGGAAACAAAUUAAGAAUUCUGCAGAAAUUAAAAAUUUCUGGAUUAAUAAAGAUAUCCAGCGGACAAAAAUGCAAAAUGAGCUAAAAACUUUACAGAUUGAAACUGAAGAU